CUUCAUUCCGUGCGCGGAUGAAGUUGUGGUAAAAUUACCUGAAGGGGAAAAGCGCAUGAUGGUGGUCGUUUAGCGAAUUCAUCCUCCACAGUCCAACAGUUCAUGGGGAUAAAUCAUGGCUGCAGCCUGCAGGCUUGCCCCUGUCGAUUUCUCCAACCCGCCAAGCGGACAACAACCGAUAUCAAGAUCUUCCUCCGGCCGCCGUCCCCACUCCUCUAUUUAAGUCCUUAUCAAUUCUUUAGACGACACACCAUUAGUACACAAGGCGAAAAGAUCGGCAUAUGUACACUACAGCACACUACUGUCAACCGACUAACAGACAACAGUUCGGCCACCAAGUUCGUACCGAUAUCAAGUUGCGAACAAGCGACCUCAUCCCCCCGGAUAUUCCACCGUUAUCCACCACGUUUAAGGAAUAUGCCUCCUAUCAGCGUGGGUGACGAUAAUGAUCAUCCCGCCGACUGGCCCGGAGAUUACAAUUUCCCUGCUAAAAGAUCCCGCGGCCACGAUGGCAGUGCAUAUUACGAUAGACUUCCUAGUCAACGUCACCUACGCGAGUGUUCGCAGGAAUCGUCUAAGACAUGAUCGCCCGUCGGCCUUUAGAACAGUCAUAAGAUUGAUACACACUUGAAAGACCCUUAGCAGCCCGAUAUUAUCGUAUCUCGAGGUCGCCGAAAUGCAGACAGCAAUCCGCACUUGGGA